AUGUAUUUACUUAAAAGGGUUGCAAAAGUCAAGAAAAAGCUUUUUGAAGAUGAUGAAAUUUCUGAAAAUGACAACAUUGAAGACACUCCAAACAAAAAUAUUGUGAACAUAAACAAGAAACUUUUUGAGCGUCAAAGAGAGACCAAGAAAAUACCCGUCUCUCUAAGCGAAAAUGAUUGUUUAUUAAUUCCUUUAAACAUGCCCGUUGAUGAAAUGUUAAUACCAUCUGGUGAACUUCCCAUUUUAAAUGAGUUUCCUGAUGUCAAUGAAAAUUCAUAUAAAGAUCCAGCUGAGCAACAGAUUUCAGAAAAAAAAAAUAAAAAUCCAAGUCGAAAGAGAAAACGACAGCCUGAAAUCUGGAAAAGAAAUAUUAAUAAAAUAAAAGAGAAAGAGGAGAAGAGUACACAGGGGCAAAAGGAAAAUUCAUGCAGGCUAGAAUUAUUAAACCCGUGUGUGAAAGUAAUUGUAAGCUUAUGUGUUUUACAAACUUCCCUUUGGCCCUGA